GAAACACUUCAAAUUGUCCUUCUCUUCAGCUCACCCAACCCACAAAGCACAGAUCUUUCAAACCCACCGCAGACCAAAAAGGAAAAGGAAAUUUUAAAAAAAGAAAAGAGAAAAGCCUUAAGAAUUGCGGAGCCUGAUCGUCGCAAGCUACGGAAGGUUUUUGAUUGGCUUUUUACGAAUUUCAAUCCGUGGGACACAUAAAAGGAAGGGGUUGGAGGAGAGGGGAGGAGUAGUCAAAGUCAAAUACAGAUGCCGGAGGAGGAGUUGGUGGACAUAAAGUUCAGGCUGUACGAUGGGUCGGAUAUGGGGCCGUUCCGGUACUCGUCGGCCUCCACCGUCGAUAUGCUCAAGCAGAGGGUCGUCUCCGACUGGCCCAAAGGUAAAACAAUCAUACCAAAGGUGGCGAAUGAAGUGAAACUGAUUAGUUCUGGAAAAAUUUUGGAAAACAACAAGACUGUUGGUCAGUGUAAAAUGCCUUUUGGUGAUAAUGCUGGGGGUGUUCUCAUAAUGCAUGUUGUCGUACAGCCGUCUCCGGCAAAGACUAGAACAGAAAAGAAGAUUGAUGAUUCACCUAGGAAAAUUGUCUGUUCUUGUUCCAUAUUGUGAAAUCAACUGUGUAGAGCUGGUGAAUACCUUGCCCCUGGUGUCGAAGCUUUAGCUACAGAAGCAUACUGUGUCUGUUGCAGCACUCAUUUGUCCAAGUGCAUAUUGGUGAUGAUGUGUUUAUAAAAAAUCUGUGCUGUUGAUUACUUCAAAGUUCUCUUUCUAUCAGAAGGUUGCUGCUAGCCUGCUAUUGAAUAUGCUUUUUUAGUAGCAUUUCUUACUCUCUUUUUUGUGUCAUUUCUUAUGUUAGCCUGAAUGAUUUGUCGCUGGACCGCAAAUCUGUAUACAUCUUUCUAUGUAAAGACAAUCUGCAAUGAAAUCUCAAUGAGAAUGCCUGUCUGUUUGUGAUUGAUAA